AUGGCAGUCUUGCGCUUCAAUCCUCUUGCCGCUGCCCUGGCGUUUGGUCUGGCAUGCUGUGCACCCAUGACACAGCCACUCUUCUCCCAACUGUCCGACCCGUCCUACGGUCCGAUUCCAGGUCAGUCUGGAACGUACAGCACGUAUAACGGCACAGCAGCUCCGUUCCCUGGCAAUAUCACAGGUGCCAUAGUCAACACGACUUUCGGACCUCCUGGCGAAGACGACCUCCUCUUUCAGAACCUGCUGUCUGCCGAGUGGGUCAUCUUCUCCUUCUAUCAACAAGGAGUUGAGCGGUUCAACACGACGGCCUUCGUUGAGGCUGGCUUUCCCAACACCACCUAUGAGCGUAUUCAGCAGAUCCGUGACAAUGAAGCCGGUCAUCUACGUAUCUUUCAGAACCAAAUAUCCACCAACUCGGUCAAGCCCGGCCCGUGUCAAUACCAGUAUCCCUAUGAAGACCCGAUUAGUUACGUUGCGCUUCAGACAGUCAUUGAGAUCUCCAGCAUGGCCUUCCUCACCGGGCUGGAGUUACAAGCCAAACUCACUUUGUCCAAGGCCGCCCUUGUGGCCAUAGCCGCGACCGAGUCGCGCCACAAUACAUGGUCACUCAUUGACAACUGGAAGUCCACCCCAUUUGCUGGGCCAACGGAUACUGUGUAUCCAUAUGCAAACCAGAUUCUGGAUUUCACCAACGAAUGGGUCGUCAACGGCUCCUGCCCAGGCGAGAACCCUAUAUAUCCCACGCCGCGCCAGAACCUCCCACAAAUAUCCCCCGGCGCUGGUACAACGGGUAUCACGCCUGGCUCAACUUUGGUGUUCAACUUCACCCAGCCCAACAACCAACCUCACUUUGCUCCUGACAAGGACUACUACGCUGUCUUUUUUCAUGGUCUCUACAAUAUCUCGGUCUCGUUUAAUACAACAUCGUACAGCGCGGUGAUACCACCAGAGAUCGAGCCGCUGGGGAUUAUCAUUGCUGUCAUUGCGGACAAGGAAGGUGCACCAACCAAAGAGAAUGUCCUUGCCGGGACCUUGAUGCUGCCCGAGAGUCCCGCCGUACUUGCUGAUACAGGUGUCUGA